CGCGGUGUCCAUGCAAUCUCCCCCUCCCGAUUCGCCACCAGCGCGCUCCGCCUCCCUCUUCUCCCGCGUGCCGCAGCUCGUCCCGUCGGCCAUCUCACCAUCGUAGGCCAUCUCACCAUUCGCAGCCAUCAUCCCCACCGUCGCCCCCUCGUGGGCAGCGGUAGGUGCAGCUUCUCCACGGAAGCUGGCGCACGGCGCUGAAGCUGCGGCACUUCCGACGAAUCUGGGCCUGGGCCUGCUUCUUUCUUUACAGGCUGCCUCCAGCUGUCAUAUAAUCACCCCUCAAAAAAACAAAAUCUGUCAUAUAAUCCCUAGCCCUUUCAUCACCGAACAAAAACAAAAAGAAUAGAAACCCUAGCCAUCCGCCGGCUCCGCCUCGCCGCCAGAGCCCCCGGUGGAACAUAAUGAAAUCAGCCGCCGGCGCCGCAGAUUGUGGGGGCAUAGCAAUAUCAUCAUCCAAUCCUCACAAGAGGACGAGGAGGGGGCACAAGGGUGUUCUGUAGCUUCACCAUCUGCCUCUUGAUACUUUAAGUGACAUUGUGUCAUUGUUAAGCUUCAAAGAGGCUGCGCGCAUGAGCGUACUGUCGAGCCAGUGGAGACAUCUCUGGAGAUCAUGUAUCAGAGACCUGGUCUUCACUAGGGAGACAAUGUGCUGCCCCAUGCCCAUGAGCCGAGAGGAACAAGAUCGAGAAGCUUUCAUCAGGAAUGUUGAGUGCGUAUUGUGCCAACUCGAUCCCACCAUUGCUAGGGACAAAUUCGUGCUCGAGUUCAAGCUCAUCAAUACAAAUGUGCAGACCCAUGUUGACAGAUGGGUCGCCUUUUGUGCAACAUCAAGAGUGAAGCACAUUGUCUUCAAUUUCAAACCAGGGUCAUGGGGCAAACACGACAAUUCGUUCAACUUCCCAAUACACCUUUUCGUCAAUGGCGCUCCUGCUGUCAGAUCUUUGUGCCUCAUGUCUGCCUACCUAAACCCAGUACCUGGUUUUUGUGGCUUCACAAACCUUAGAAAGCUCAUGCUCGACUCGGUGUCUGGAGAUAUCCAGUGCAUGUUGUUGCCAGCGUGCUCCAUGCUUGAGUGGCUUAGCAUCGUGCGUUGCACCCUCCACAGCUUGACUACUUCCCAACCGUUGCGCCAGUUGCGAUACCUAUGUGUGCACUACUGCUUCAAUGUGCAGAAGCUUGAGGUGCAAGCUCCGAACCUUAAUACCUUCAUAUUUGGCAGCUUGGAGACCCACCCAGUGUCAUUUAUCAUUGAUGGAUGUCUAGAGAUACAGGAGGUGACUAUCAAGUUGCCAACAUGGAGGAGUGACCUUUUUUACUACGCCUUCGCGCAUCAUGGUAUGGCGAAUGUGCCCAAGCUCUCUGUGGAACUUGCAAUUGAUUCCAAGGUGCCUGGAUGUGCAAAAUGCCCUAGUAAGUUUGUCAACCUGAAGCAUCUUAUAUUGACCGUCGAUGUACUUGCAAAUGAUAAGUAUACAAGUGGCAUUCUUCGUUUGGCUUGUCUUUUGGAAUUAAGCCCAGUUUUGAAUCGUCUUGAACUGCAUGUAAGUGAUCCAUCUCUUUGAUAUUUAUGUACUACAGUUAUCUGAUCGAGCAAAACAACAUAAGUUAUAAAAUCGGGCUUUUCUCUUUAUGUUGUAAUAUCCUGUCAUAAUAUGUUUUUUCAUCGUGCAUCCUAGUUACUGUUAAGCGGUACUCCCUCCAUUCCACAAUGUAGUGUGCCCACGCUUCUCGAGAUUCAAGUUUGACCGUAAAUUUAACCAACGAGACUGACUGCGGCGGAGCAAAAAUUAUACCAUUGAAUUCGACCGUAAAUUUAGCCAACGAGACCGACUGCGGCGGGAACAAAAAUUAUACGACUGAAUUAUAUUAAAAAUACGAAUUCAGUGGUAUAAUUUUUGCUCCUGCCGCAAUCGGUCUCGUUGGUUAAAUUUACGGUCAAACUUGAAUCUCGGGAAGCGCGGGCGCACUACAUUGUGGAAUGGAGAGAGUAUGAAACAUGACAUUAAUGUACACUCAAUUUUCUCUCAUGCACAGUAGUGCAGUACCUCAGCAUGCUAGAUUAUAUUACUAUUUUUUAGCAUCAAGUAAUUUCAGGAUAAGGUUGAUUGUUUAAAGCGAGUUGGCGUUAUUGUUCUAAUUAAGCAAGAAUAAUUUUUGAACCACAAAGCUUACAUGUCUCCGAUGUCUGAGCUACUAGUUUGCUACAUUAAUUGACUUUUUUAUUUCCAGAGAGGUGCUUUUAUGAAAUAGUGAUAACUGUUAAGUUUGUUUUGUUUACUGUCGUGAGCCCGGCCCGUGAAGUGUACUCAGAACAGGAGAAGUGUGCGUACUCAGAACAGGAGAAGUGUUGAAUCGGAUAGGAGUUGCCCCCGGCCCGUGAGCCACACUAUCAUCUGAAGACAUUACAGAUGACCGGAGUGUACGGCUACAACAACCUGUUUAUUCUGGCACUGCAUUAUGCUCGAACUGCCAUGGCGCUAGAGCACAUGGUCAUCGAUCCCGAGGCAAAGAAGAGCUAUGUUCUGACUCGUGAUGCGGUAGAAGAGGAUGCGGUCCAUUGGGGCCGACGGAUGGCCAAUGAACAUCUUCGGGGACGAGGGUUGGAUGGCAUCCUCACCAUCUUGUAAAUGGGAGGUCCCGCCAGGGAGAGAUUGUAGUAUUGUUUUUUAUGCUUGUAAAUGGGACGUCCCACCGGGGAGAGAUUGUAGUAUUGUUUUUUAUGGAUGUUAUUUACAGUAUCUUUAUUCCUAAAGUGGGAUUUGAUAGUUUCCAUUC